ACCUCCUUUUACGACCUUUCUUGCCACAAUUGUUAAGUGAAUCACUGCAGUUGUUUAGUUGGUAACUCAGUUGUUAAGUGAAUCUGGUUUCCCCCUAGAAUUUGCUCGUCAGGAGGUCACCAAAGUGGAUCACCUGACCUUGGGACGCAGCAACGGUCAUAAGUAUGAACCCAAGCCUCUGGAUUUUGAUCGCGUGAUUAAGUGGGGGCCACAAAGGUUGUAACUGUGAAAAACGGUCCUAAGUCAACUUUUUUUCAGUGCCGUCGUAACUUUGAACGGUCCCUCAAUGAACUGUUGUAAGUCGAGGACUGCCUGUAACUUCAAACGGUCACUAAACAGAACGUAAGUUGAGAACGUAAGCUAUGUUUGUAUUUAGGAUCCACUGGGAGAUUUGCAGUCCAGAUCUGGCCAGCCUAUUAGAAUAGAAUAGAAUAGAAUAGAAUAGAAUAGAAUAGAAUAGAAUAGAAUAGAAUAGAAUAGAAUAGAAUUUUAUUGGCCAAGUGUGAUUGGACACACGAGGAAUUUUGUCCUGGUGCAUACGCUCUCAGUGUACAUAAAAGAAAAGAUACGUUCAUCAAGGUACAACAUUUACAACACAAAUGAUGGUCAAUAUAUCAAUAUAAAUCAUAAGGAUUGCCAGCAACAAAGUUACAGUCAUACAGUCAUAAGUGGAAAGAGAUUGGUGAUGGGAACGAUGAGAAGAUUAAUAGUAGUGCAGAUUCAGUAAAUAGUUUGACAGUGUUGAGGGAAUUAUUUGUUUAGCAGAGUGAUGGCCUUCAGGAAAAAACUCUUCUUGUGUCUAGUUGUUCUGGUGUGCAGUGCUCUAUGGCGUCGUUUUGAGGGUAGGAGUUGAAACAGUUCUUAGCUCCAUCACAUAUUCUUAACAUCCAUGAGCGUUGAGGUCCACCUCUCCCGUGCAUGAUUCCUGUUGUCCCUUUUCGGAGUCUCCACGUAUGUUAAAGCUCCUGUUGAACUCCUUCGGUGUUUCUCAAGCGUUGGCAUAAAGUUUUCCAUUGGGCAUUUUCCAAUCAGCCCAGCUGAGCUGUCUAGAAUGACUCAGCAGCUAUCAUCCAUGGCUCCUCAUGUCCUCUGGCGGGGGUCAAACCUCUGGAAGAAGCCCAAUUUGGAAGCCUGACAAGGUGUCAAUAAACCCACAUUGCCAACUGCGGAGUAAGGUCCAUGUGGAGGAAGGUCUGAUUGGCUGGAAAACGAGGCGUGUCCUUUGGAUGGAACCCAUCCCGAUCACGCCAACGGGGUCUGAUUUCCCUCCCCGGCUUUGCUCAUAAAUGGUCCUCCACAUCCUGGGGAAGCCUUGUCCACCCUUCGCUCCUUGCCAGUGAAGACUUCGAGAUGCCUGCUGACUUCCAGCUCCCAGAAAGUCUCUCUCCUGCCGCCAUGGAGAAGUACGUCUCGGCCAUCCAGAAGAUGGAACAGACGGUCAUGUUUCCCAGCCUCCUUCGUGGAGUCUCCUUAGAAGAUUUGGAAGAAGCCUUCGGGGCCGACUCGGCGGACAAAGACUUGUUUGAACAUUUUAUGCUGCUGAAAUCCGGCAAGGGGAUGUUGGAAGGUGGCGGGCCAUUACCUCCGACAAAAGAGAAGCUACCGGUGAUCCCGCAGGGGAAGGAAGACAUGGAGAAGGACAGCCUGGAGGACAUCUUUUACUACCACUUGUCCAGCCUGUACCGGGUCCUCCAUCACUUGACCCAGAGAGCCCAAGCGAUCACCGCCAAAUACAACGAAAUUAUGGAACGGAUCAACCGCAGCUAAGUUGCGGCGGGAGAAAUGCACACUGCGAAGCAGUCAGAGGUUUGCUCCACUAUUGUUGUCUGAAAACCACCGAUGGACCAGAAACCUUCUCAAAAACUGUUCCAAAGAACAUUCUUGGGCGGCCACCAACCUGUUGCCAUUUCUAGAAAGAGUUUUAAGGUUUUGAACUUGC